GCUCAGCGGCUCCGAGCAGCAGCAGCAGCAGCAGCAGCUACAUAGAGCCGACCUGCUGAUGAGAAACACCAUCAUCCGAGGAGGAUCAUGGAAUAAACAUGGCCCACAAUAGAAGCAUUUUCCUUGAAGCCCUGGAUAGGUCAGGCGCCAGGCGAGACGGAGGGUUCAAGCACAGCUGGAGCUUUUCUCACUCCGAUGACAGUGAAGAGGAAAGGAGACAUGAAGCGAGCGUGGUGAGCAUGGAGGAGAUGAACCGGCAGCAGCCCACCUCCCCCGAGGAGAAAAAGACUCCCUCUCUCCGGCACUUCACGGCCUCGGAUCCUCUGAGGACGUAUGAAAACCGGCCGAACAGUCACAUGAGGCCUCUGAACCGGCUGACCCCCAAGAGGCUCAGCGAGGUCCCUCUCACCGUAGCAGCAACGUCCUCCCCCAUGCCCAACAGAACCAACUAUUUCAUCAUCAGCCCCGCGCCUUCACAGGGAAUCGUUUUACAAGGGCGACACUUUCAGCACGCACAGAUGCCCUCGGCGAUAAGGAAACCAGUCCAAAGCAGCCUUGAUUUGAAGGACAGGUGAGACUUUCCCAGCUGA